UGUACUUGCAUAAUCGACGCUGCCGUUGAAACAUCUUACGGGUACCAUGUUCACAUAAUCAGCUUCAAAAGCUCAUAAAAUUAAUUUGGCUACAAGCAACUAUACACGUAUUUCAUGGAAACGUUCAGUAAUGUGUUAGAUCAGUGAUGGAGAAUGCCUCCUGCGGGAGUUGAUAGGUGGGAGUAUGGCCCACUCUUGGUUACCGGUGACGGCAAAAAGUCUUCGAUGCUGUCGGAUCUAUUUCAAUCGUCGAAUUAAUGUACUGUCUUCAAACAUAACUCACAGACAAUACUCUACCAAGACAGCAACUGCAGAUGUUGACACUGAUGACAGUGACUCUGAUUUUACAAAUGGGAAACCAAUCAAGUGGCCUCCACCAGAGAACUCAAAACAAACACCAUUGAAUAAUAAGGAACAUGAAUUUCUCCUUAGACAAGGCAAACAAGGCUUCAUCAUCUUUGACAAACUUGCAUCUUCCCUGAUCCAUGUUCACAAAGACAAUGCAGAAAAACAUGAGGAUUUUUUUUUCCCUAAGUCUAGUACUGGUGUUAAGUACACAUCCCGAGCUAUUGCUGCAGAGUUGAUCAGACAGGAACGUGUGUCAGUUGACACACUACAAAAUGAGCGCCAGCUUAGUAGUCCAGGACUGCUGCGUUUGUCAGUGGACGAUUUCAACUGGAGGGAACAGAAGCUGGACGUAUCUAAACUCCCGGACUACUACAAACGACUGUCCAAGAUCAGAUUAACUGGUCUGGUUGUGCUUACUACUAUGGCAGGUUAUGGGAUGGGACCUGCAGCUUUUGAUCCUGUAACAUUUGCUCUGGUCUCACUUGGAACAGCUUUGACUUCAUGUUCAGCAAAUGCAAUCAACCAAUUUUUAGAAGUUCCUUUUGAUUCUCAAAUGAACAGGACAAAGAAUCGAGUUCUUGUACAGGGUUACUUAAGCCCUCUGCAUGCAGUAACAUUUGCUGGUGUGUCUGGCAGCUUAGGAUUGGUGAUUCUCACUCUGGGAACAAAUCCCAUAACUACUGCCCUUGGUGCCUUCAACCUUGGUCUGUACACCAUGGUCUACACACCCAUGAAAAGGACUAGCACUGCCAAUACCUGGGUAGGAUCUGUGGUGGGGGCUAUCCCCCCUAUGAUGGGCUGGGCAGCUUGUACUGGAGGGCUAGAACCAGGUGCAUGGCUACUGGGAGCUAUCCUGUUUGCAUGGCAGUUCCCCCAUUUUAAUGCUCUGAGUUGGAACCUGAGGCCAGACUAUUCUCGUGGUGGUUACAGAAUGAUGUCCGUGAUAAAUCCUGGUUUGUGUAAACGUGUUGCUCUACGUUAUUCUGUGGCUAUGAUAGGGCUGUGUAUCCUGGCACCUAUCAUGGGCAUUACCUCCUGGACAUUUGCUGUUGAUUCACUGCCAUUUAACCUGUACAUGACAUACCUCGCCCUCCGUUUCUACCAGAAAGGAGACAGCAAGUCGUCACGUUCUCUCUUCAGGUUCACACUGCUCCACAUCCCUGCAGUUCUGGUUCUGAUGCUGCUCAGCAAGAUCACGAUGGAUAAGAUAAGUGAGGAAGGAGAAUUAGUAGGAGCUGCUGUCACAGACACUGGUGCAGUUACCACUAAUAACCUAACGCCUCCUGAAAUGGCAGCCUCUGUUAUUACAGACACUGAUAACACAAAUAAAACUGGAUCCAUUGAGACACCAGAAAGUAUUUCUGUUUCAGAACCCACAGCUAAAGUAGUAGAUCGAACAGCAUGUGUUUAAUUUAGAUGUUAAAUUAUUGUGGUCAUCAUAAUACCCAGGUUGUAGUACCAGUAUUGGUCUGAAGUGAAAUGAGAACAGUGUAAAAACAUUUUCUGGUCACUAGUGCAAUACACAAUGUGACAGAGGUUAUAGUACCUGGUGUCAAUGUAACACAAAUGGUAUCCUGUUUGAGACAGAUUACAAUAACAGAUGCCAUGUUGUGAUGUUCACUGUUCUAAUUGCUCGAAGGAAAAUUGCUUGUAGUGUAAAGAGUUGUAGUUAACAUGAACAGAUUUGUUCUCAGGUUAAAACUGUGACUUACAGCAGUUGUCAAGUUAGUAUUCUGUGAUAGUCAGCAGAUUGCUUAUAAGUAUCAGAUUUUUAAGAAGGCUGUUUUGUCUCUGCUGAAAAUUCGGCCUUAUAUCUCCUAACAUGAUAAAAAUGAUGUAAGGAAAAGAUCACAUUCCUUAUAGUAAGUGGAAUGAUUGUGAUAUAAUUUUAUACUAAAUUGUGUGACAAGAAUGCAAGAGCUGUUAUAUAUCAAUUUCUUUGCAUAAAGUUUGUGUUUGAUAACAAUGCUUUUGAAUAUCUGUAUGUUGGUUGAAUGAGAUCCAAAUGACUGUUUAAAAUGAAGUCAAUAUUAUUUGAAUGAGAGGUUUACAUGGUAAUGACAUAUUAGAUAUGAAUACAUGAAAGAGUUUACAUAGAUUCUGCUUCUAAAUCAAGGAAUAAGAUACCUCAAAUUUACAUUAGUUUUAAUCAAAUAUACUUAGUCAAGAUUGAUUAAAGUGUCAUGAUUAUAGUUGAUGAGGAGAAGACCAUGAUGAUUUAAGUUCUUUGUACCAUAAAAAUAUUAUUUGUUUUUCUUUUUUCCUCACUAGUACCAAUAUUACAAUACCAUAAGGAAAGUGCAUUACUGACAGUGCUGUACAGAAACCUGACUCCAGCUGUCUUGAUGAAAGUGCACUACUGACAGUGCUGUACAGAAACCUGACUCCAGCUGUCUUGAUGAAAGUGCACUACCUACAGUGCUGUACAGAAACCUGACUCCAGCUGUCUUGAUGAAAGUGCACUACUGACAGUGCUGUACAGAAACCUGACUCCAGCUGUCUUGAUGAAAGUGCACUACCUACAGUGCUGUACAGAGACCUGACUCCAGCUGUCUUGAUGAAAGUGCACUACCUACAGUGCUGUACAGAAACCCGACUCCAGCUGUCUUGAUGAAAGUGCACUACCUACAGUGCUGUACAGAAACCUGACUCCAGCUGUCUUGAUGAAAGUGCACUACCUACAGUGCUGUACAGAAAUCUUACUCAAUCUGUCUUGAUGAAAGUGCACUACUGACAGUGCUGUACAGAAAUCUGACUCCAGCUGUCUUGAUGAAAGUGCACUACCUACAGUGCUGUACAGAAAUCUUACUCAAUCUGUCUCCAGCUGUCUUGAUGAAAGUGCACUACUGACAGUGCUGUACAGAAAUCUGACUCCAUCUGUCUUGAUGAAAGUGCACUACCUACAGUGCUGUACAGAAAUCUUACUCAAUCUGUCUUGAUGAAAGUGCACUACCUACAGUGCUGUACAGAAAUCUUACUCAAUCUGUCUUGAUGAAAGUGCACUACCUACAGUGCUGUACAGAAAUCUUACUAAAUCUGUCUUGAUGAAAGUGCACUACCUACAGUGCUGUACAGAAAUCUUACUCAAUCUGUCUUGAUGAAAGUGCACUACCUACAGUGCUGUACAGAAAUCUGACUCCAUCUGUCUUGAUGAAAGUGCACUACCUACAGUGCUGUACAGAAAUCUUACUCAAUCUGUCUUGAUGAAAGUGCACUACCUACAGUGUCUCACAACUGCUUGAUAGUCAGUUUAACAUAUAUGACAUGUAUACCUUCUUUUUCAGGCCACAACUGCACUUAUCUGUCAUUGAUGUGAGAUAAAAUCGUGUUAAUCUUAAAAAAUGAUUCAGAAUUCAGUAGAUGGUGUUUUAUGAUUGUGUAAUACAUAUCGCUAUUUCUGACAAAUUUAACAAAACUUAAUAAAA